AUGGGUUUUGACCACAGCUUUGGGCUCUGGUUCAUUGCGCAGUGGCUGAAGCCAGAUCUGAUGAUUGAGAGCGGGGCUUUCAAGGGGCAUUCCACUUGGGUUUUGCGGCAAGCGAUGCCAGACACGCCAAUUAUAACCCUUACACCCCGGCAUCCUGAAAAGUAUUUAAAGAAGGGGCCUGCAUAUGUUGAUGGGAACUGCACUUACUUUUCUGGAAAAGACUUUUUGGAUUUUGGAAGUAUUGAUUGGCGAAAACUAAUGAAGAAACAUGGGAUUACUGAUCUCAGCCGUGUUCUUAUUUUUUUCGAUGACCAUCAAAAUGAACUCAAAAGAGUUCGGCAGGCUCUGAAAGCUGGUUUUCGACAUCUAGUUUUCGAGGAUAAUUAUGAUACUGGAACAGGAGACCAUUAUUCCUUAAGGCAAAUAUGUGAUCAACCCUAUAUAAGAGGAGGUGGUCACAGCUGCUUUAAAGACAGUGAUGAAGCUAGGAUUAGGUCAAGAAGGAAGACGUUCUGGGAGAAAGCAGUGGAUAUUGACGAACUUUGUGGCCCAGGUGAAGCAUGGUGGGGUGUUAGAGGAUAUAUGCUGGAUGACUUUAACAACAGUAAAAGUAAUAAGCUGAUUUCGUUUUCAGAACAUUUUCAGAAUAGUCGGUUUGUUGAAUCAGUUCUUGAUGUUUACUGGGAGGUGCCACCAGUGGCAGGUCCAUCCCUCACCCAUCAAACUAGAUAUGAUCCUGCUCGUGCAGUAACUCCCGUUGUUGAAGAUGGCCGGUAUGGCUUAUUCCAACGGCUUGGUUUAACCAGACUCGAUCCUUCUGUAUUUAAUGGAUAUACUCAGAUGGCUUACCUUCAGAUCUCUAAACAGUAA